ACUUGUGUAGAAAUUGCAUUGGUGGUCUUCGAAUACAAUCGAACAUAACAAAAUAAUGGAAGAAGAAGAAGCAUUGACGGGUGACGAAAAAGUUGCGAUGGAAAUACUGGAGAAAGAAUUUGAUUGGUACACUGUUGUGAGAGAAUACGUGAACAAAACUUUCGGAUGGUCGGAGCCUCGCAUUAAAGACGACGACAGGACACACUUCCUGAAAUUCAUGAAGGAGAUGGGCAAAACACGUGAGGCUUUGUGUGAUCUGAUGGAAUCCUCCGCCGAAAUCCUCCUCUCGGACCUCAAGUCGUUGAUCAAUGACGAAAGAGCCAAGUUCUACAAUUACUCGUUUGAGAUCAGCCAUAAGGUCUCCGAUCUCGCCUUCAAGGGUUACUUGGCUUCCUUUCAACCUUCUUCUUCUUCUAAGAAUUCUCUUCCUUUUUCCAAUUCCGAUUUCAAGGAGGAUAAAGAUGGGAAAACAUCGAGUGAGAAUUCAAGCAUCAGCUCCAACACUAGUACACUUUCGUCACUGAGCGAGAAUUCAAGCAUCAGCUCUGACACUGAGCCACCUGAGAUGAUUACUAGAAAAAGAGAGAGGAAUCGUGGGGAGGAGACAUUCUACCUAGCACCACCAACUGUUGAAGUGGAUAUUCCUAGACGUUAUGGGGAGUAUCAUUGCCACCACCACGACCACCGCUGUGGCAAGAACUUUCGUUUUCUUGAGGAAGCGGAUGAUUACUUUGAUUUUUAGGCACAACUACUGUUUGGUAAUUUUCAUUCACCCCUUUGAUUUUUAGGAAUCAAGUGAUACAUAUCUUAUCCUUAUGGCAUGCAUGUAUCUUUUUUAUACAGCAUUUCUUUUGAUCCAAUUCAUUGUUGAAUGCAUAUUGUAUAUCUAAGUUUGAGACAUAAUGUAGUCACAUGAGUAAAAGAGUA